GAUUAUUAGUAAUAAAAGAAAAUAUAUAAAUUAAAAAAGAAAGUUUGGCAAUAUGUCAUUAGAAGAAUCUAUUAAAGAAACAUGUUCAAAUUUAACAAGUAUUCGUGCAACAGAAAGAAAAAAAAGUGCAGAAAAAUUAAAAGAUUUUCUCACAAGAAAUGCUGUACCUUCUUUAUUAACAGCGAACACUUUGAAGAGAUCUGGCUAUACAUGGAACCACGUUUUUGAUGAAAUUAAUGAUUAUAUUAUGAAGGAAACUGAAAAAUUUGAAACGGCAAAAAAUUUUCAAACUGUAACUGUACCUCUUUGCACAAGUCUAUUACAUUUGUGUGUGUCAGGUGCUAACAAAGGUCAUGCUUAUAUUAAAUGUGAAAAGAUUACCGAAGCUUGUUUAAACAUACUAAACAACAGCCGCUUGACGAGAGCUGUUGGAGAUGCCUAUUUGAACUUACUGUACAAACAUAUAUUCACAAAUGAUUAUUACCCGGGAUAUAUUUCACCAGCGACUUGGGAAAGUUUGCUGGAUGUUUGUUUAAUGGCAUGUAAUACAAACAAUUCACAAUUAGAUAAUUUAAUUAAAAUAAGAUUAUUGUUAUUUGUCAUUAAAACUGCAACCAGAUGUUGUCAGUUUGCUCAUACGUUGCGGGACGCAUUGUCCAAAGUGAAGAAAUGCUGCCUUACAAUGUUCAGUGAUAAAAAAGUUCAAGAGUUUGUAUUGGAAAUUGUUAUAUUGUUACUAGAAAAGCUAGCUUUAGAGAGUCGUGUAACGAUGUGCGAAUUCAGUGAAAUGAUUUUACCAAAGAUAUUUAAAUGUUAUGAACAUAGUAUGGAACAGAAAAAGAAGUCUCUCUUUUUUAAGCUGUUACAAACGGCAAUACUAAUCCAUCAUCCAUUAGGAAAAACGCAAAAUGUGAAUGGCUCACUAGCAUAUAACUGGAGUGUAUGGAACAAACAUUUGUUUAGUAUCAUGGAAAUUAUAUGUCUUGAAGUAAAUUUUAUUCAGAAGACCCGAAAAAAUAAUGACAGUUCAUUUAUACACUGUAAUUAUUUUUAUUAUACAGCAGCAUCAGUUUUCUAUCAGAUAUUUAACACGGCGGAGGAGGAUAAAGAAGAGGAAGCUGGGAAUUCUGCUAAAAAAAUAAAAUUAUCAUUCAACAAGAACAAGUCAUUUACCGAUCUAGUUGAGGAACUGCGACUGAACAAUGCUCCUUGGAUUGGAAUUAUAUUGAUGUAUGUAAAACAUUUCGAUUAUGCAAUUUCGAGUGACGAGUAUAUACAGCUGCUCAGCACUCUAGAGAGUAUAGUUUCAGGCAAUAGAGAUUUGAAUUGGGAGUGUUUCGAGGGUCUCACCUGUUUAGUGAUUAAGAACUUAAUAUCAAGUCCGGAAUACAAACAACAAGAUAAUUAUGAAGUGUAUCUCACUUUGUGGAAUACUUGCAUAAGAAAUGCCACGGUAGCGAAUGCAGCACAUACCGUUAUGCACAAAAUUAUUCAAGUGAUUUUAAGUUUAGUGCCAUUGAAACAUCAACACGUACAGCCCCUGCUGAUGUUAUACCUCGAGAAGGGGAUGCCGGUGAACGAUUAUACCUUGAAGACGUUAAAUAUUUGUUUUCAUAAAUUUUAUAGAAAAUGUUGUAAUCUAGAUGUAAGAAAAAAAUGCUUUACAUGGCUCACUUAUGAAGACAUAGCGACCCUUGAUAGUGGAAUUCUUAAAGAAUUUUUAAUAAGGCUUAUAUGUAAUGAAAAUUUACCAGUGAAACAGAUUUGUGAUAACGAAACAGAGUUUGAUAUUUACGACUGUAUAUUUAUGAAUAUAGAAAAGGGUAUAUUAUAUAGUGAAUUUGAAUAUGACGUCACAAAAUCUCCUGAAGUUACUGUGACAGAUGCAAAAGAAAAUUUUGAAAUAAACUAUGAAGUCUACAAUAUGAUACUUGUUUAUUUAGAACAGGUUUUGUCAAAGAUUAUUCAAAAACUUAUAAAUGGUGAUGUAAAAUGUAUGGAGUUUGUGAAACACGUGAAUCUGAUGAUCGCUUUCACUGACUCGUUGUUAAAUCACAAUUUGAAGACAAUUAGUGAAAUCGAAAACAUGUCACUGUAUUCAAUAUUCAAAAAUGCCUUGAUACAUAUGUACGCAGCUUUGGCACAGACAUUGAAAUCUGAAGCACAGAUACGAGACAAAGUCAUGCUAUUGAAAUACGUUCAGGAUAUUUUGCAAAAAGAUUACAAUCCAUUAAUAAAUAAGGAAAUACGUAAACAUAUAGAGGAAGAGUGUUUUCAUAUAAUUAAUGAUGUUGUAAAGAAAGAUAUAGCCUCUGAAGACGGCGACUCGUAUUACGAGUGUGACGUAGAAUAUUCUGCGAUUGGUUUGAAACAGAACUGUGUGUACUUACUAGCGACAUACUGCAGAAAGCAGAGUACCUACACUGAUGAUAUAGCCAAGUUCAUUCUCGAUCGAGACUUGUAUAAUUUUACGUCUAACUUUGAAAUUGAUUGCGCCCUCCGAUGUAUUCAGAUACUUAAUGACGUCACAGUUGAACGUCGGCCUUUAGAUUUAAUAUUUAGUUUAAUGCAGGAUAUGUGUAAAGAUUUAUUCAGAAAUCCUAAAGCGACACGCGGUUUGCUUCGGACACUUGAUUGUAUGCUUGAACAGAUUUGGUCGCACAACGACGAUAUGAUACGACAGAAUUGUCUCAUCAUGAUAAAAGGAUAUCUUCAUAGAUGUAUGAAAAUGCCGCCCGAUGUUGCUGCUAUAGUGUACAAAUGUGUGGCGAAAAUACUGAAUUUCAAUAACAACAUAAAUGUCGAUCUGCAAAAUUCUUUUAAACAGGCUUUAAAUGAAAAAAUAAUUGGAAACAAUCACUGUAUUCGGUUGUACUGCUGCCAUCUCUUAACACUAACAGCUGGAAAAAUUCAUGACCAAGAUAUACAAAGUUUGGCAGACAAUUUAAUGGACAUAUUCGUGAUAAAUAUAUCAGACAAUAACGACUCUGUCUUAAAUGAUGAAUCAUUGAACAGAACGAUAACAGUUCUACGGUGUUUCUAUGUUCUGGCGACGACAAACAAGUCAUAUGUACACGAUAUUAUAAUUAAAAUACUUUUAUUUCAAAAUGAAAAAGUAAUGGAUAAAAAUAUGGUGAAAAAAAUGUUGAAUUUGCUGACUCAAAAAGUUACAUCCAGUGAAAUCGACGUGUACAUGAAUGUAAACAUCUUGCGCGUGUUGCAUUGCUGGUGUAAGAGAAAUAAAAGAUUUGAUACUUUACCAUUGUAUUUAUUCGGUUUGGAUAAAUUCGAUGAUUUUAUUGUGAAACAUGUGAAAUGGCUCGUUUCUACUGAUAUAUUGUGGCAACAUAACGGCGUAGUGGGAAAUAGCGACGUUUUUGAACAGUUGAAGAUUCGAAGUAAAAAAACAGACGAAGAUAUGAUUGAGAUGUGCUUCUGCAACAUAAUUUUAUUAUGCUUACCUCAUAUAGUUAUCGAUAAGUAUAAGCUGGUAAAUGAAAAGCAUUUUAGUAUUAAAACGACGGAGCAUGCAAAUAUAAUGUUUCAUUCGACGAGACACAUUUUGAAAAAUGAGAGGUGGAGCAAUCUCUUCGUCGAAAAUUUGGGAGAGCUCCUGCUUUUAAUUGUAAUGCAUAUAAGCGAUCACGACGGUGCCGCCGAACUAUUUCAAGUGCAUUUUGUAUGUAAACCUGAUACCUAUACAUACUCUAAGCGUGUAUUUUCCGCAAUACUCAAAUUUUUUGGGGAACUAAUAGAUGGAAACAUUAUGCAAUAUUUAUGCGAGAAUCAGCCACUAGUCAUCCUUAAUAUUCUAUUUAAACUUUGGGAUAAUGUGUUGCGUGAGAAAGUUUUCGACUUUAAAGUACUGAUUUUUCACGCGUACCUGUCAUUUGUUGACCAUAUACCUUUAGGCUAUACGUCCGAUGCAAUAUUGUGCAACUUUUUAUGUACGAGCGUCGCCCAUGCUAUCAAAGAUUCACAUAGUGAGGAUGAAGUUAAAAUAUUUGUCAAAGGACUUAAAAUUAUAAUUGUAAAAAUGUUAACUCGGACACCAAUAAAUGUUGAAAACAUCCAACGAUCAACAUUGUCUAAAAUUGUCUCAAUUUUGAACAUAAAAUUCUAUAAGGGUUACACUGAAUGUAAGUCUUUACUGGAUUACAUAACGACAGACUUGAAAGAUACAUUAACCGAAAGCGUGGAUAUUGUUGAUUACAUAAACUUGAUGUCUGAUGGGGUCGAAGUGGCUACGAAAACUUCGAAACGUAUGUUCUUGAAUGAACUCGAAACAUAUACGUUGAGUUUAUCAAAUGCAAGCCAGAGUUCGUUGUAUAAAAUGAGUCAAUUUUUAAAGCGCAAUAAACGAUUUAUAAAAGACUUAUACACAGAUUUAAACGUCAAAGGAUUUUCGGAAGAUUGCGAAACGAGUUUAUUACACAAAAUCAUUUAUGCUUUGACCAAUGUGCUAAAAAGUGAAACUGAUGAAAAGAUAAUCGUAGAAGCAUGUAAUUGCUUAGCUGAAGUUGGCGCUUACGACAUGAAAACUCUCGUGACUGUGCCGCCUGCGGAUACUACGAGAGUGAGGGAUUUAAAUCCUAAGCAGUAUAUCGCUAUUUUAGUAUUGAGAUCUCUAUCCGAGCAACUAUUUGAUGAAGAUCCGACGGUUAGCAAUAAAGUGACAAAAGCCCUAAACCGUCUCUUGAAGUUUCGCGAUGGUAAAGCGGCUUUAGAUAUGGUGACUAUCGACACGGCAAUAUUGAAAUCCCUAGUGUCGACUGAUUGCGAAGUUCAUGCCGAAUAUAAAAUCGAUAAUAAUAAGUUUGAUAAAUACAAUGCUAUUGAAUAUUGGAUACCUCUCAAGGAUGAAAGGCACACGCAAUGGAUCACUCGGAUAACCUUGGCCUUGUUGGAUACAAUUGCAUCCUCUACCAAUUACAUCAAUUCUCUCAGUGCAGUUUGUGCAGUCAAGCCUGAAGUUUGCCGAAAAGUCAUGCCAGCUAUAUUCGGCUUGAUACUUUAUUGUUCGACGGAAAUACAUGCGAAUGUUUACACAGAACAAUUGAAUCAAGUUUUCAAAUACAUAUGGGAUUUGAGUUAUGAUGCCAAUGUAGACAGCAGUACAGCCGGUAGUGUUCACAAAAAGUCGACUAAAUUGGACAAUGAUCUCAAGAUUAUCGUUCAUUAUUUAUUAGACGUUGUAAAUUUUGUACGUAUACAAAGGAAUCAGUACAAAAAAAGCGGGCGAGCGCGCGGCGCGGGCGCGGCGCCGGGCCUGCAGCUGGACUGCGUGCGCGCGGCGGCGGCGGCGGCGCGGGCGGGCCGCCACUGGGCCGCGCUCUACUACGGCGAGCUGGGCGCCGCCGGCGAGCUCGACCUCGUCCGCAGAAUAUUUAGAGAAUGCUACGUUUCGAUUGGAGAAAUGGAUGCCAUAGACGGAUGCGGUAUCGGUCACCUGACGAGUGACCAGGAGAAACGCAAGCACCUGAUGAACACGGGUCAGUUCUCGGACGCGCUGGUGCUGCACGACAUAGCGCUGUCUCGCUCGCGCACGCGCCACUUGGCACACGGUGCCGUGACGGCGCUGCAUCGCUCGGGCAUGCAUCACCUCGCCUUGCAGUACAUUCAAUCUUAUCCUGAGGACGAUACUCUCGACGAUAUCAAGUACGAUUGUCUCUCUUAUCUGGGAGAUUGGAGUGACUUUGUUGAUACCGCUGAACUGGAAGAAAAAUCGAAAGAGGGCAAUUGUAUUCAAGAUUCAAUUAUAAAAGCUAUGCGAUAUUCGUGUCUUAAAGACUGCCUUAAUUUGCAGACUACCGCCGAAGUCAGUAAUAAACUUCAGUUACCACUAAAUAGAGCAAAAUUAGCAGUAGCGAGACUCUGCCAGAGUCUGAACAUGGAGAACUGUCAAAAUGUUUACAAAAUUGUUGCAAAUUUACACUUAUUCCGCGAUAUCGAGACUUAUUUUUCAGUAAGAUGUGAUAAAAAACUAGUAUCGGAACUCGUCGACGAGUGGAAAGUCGACAAUAUUCCUAUUUUUAAUGAUUUCAAACAUUUGGAAGCAAUUAUAUCUCAAAGAAGCUUGAUACUUGAACAUAUUGCACAAGCCGACUCAAUAAACUUUUCGAAUAUUAAUGAGCUACAGCUGCAAUAUGCUGAAUUGGGGCUAUCGAAUAAUAGAAUACAGAUGGCACAGCGUCUCGUAGCAACAGUGAAGAACCUCGAGGAGUCAAAGCGGGUCGUCCUUUUAGAGAGUCAAAUAUCUUGGGCUAAGGGCCAUACCGAUAUAGCUCUAUCGUUGCUUCACAGUAUUGUGGCACAAGAAUCCGAUGACCUUAAACUUUCUGCAAUGUCCUUAAGGCAAUAUGGCCUUUGGAUGGCAGAGUCUAAACGUGACACUGGGCGCGAUAUUAUACACAAAUAUUUGGAAGAGAGUCUUAAGACUCUAAGCGGCAACGAUGACGUCGACACACGCUUAAAAGUUUACUAUGAUAUCGCGAAAUUUGCUGACGCUGAAUAUAAACAGGUCGUUUCAUACAUGAACUCUUCGGUGUUCGAAAAUAAAAUAAAAUGUAUUGAGAGUAUGAAAGGCAAUGCAGCGUCGUUGAAGUUCUCCCAGCAAACUCUUGCUAGAAAGAAUGAAAGCACCGAAGAGAAAGCGGUUAUUCGAGCAAAAUACCGCGUCAAUAACGUUUUUGGAGAACUGGACGAAGCAGAAAUCGCUAAUACAAAAGCUGAAAAAGAAAGCUUUUUACAAUUAGCUAUGAGAUAUUAUCUUCUGGCUUUAAAACAGUGCGAUGACAACAAUCUGUCCGUGUUUCGGGUUAUUUCGCUCUGGCUGGAUAACCCCGGUAUCAACUUCGACGACGAGGAACAUGGCAGCUUCGGAAGACUGCUUCAUGCGAUACCCUCCUGGAAGUUCAUUAGUGUCCUACCACAGCUAGCCCCACGGAUCUCCAAUGAAAAUUCUGUCUUCGCCGAACAUCUGCGACAAAUUAUGAAGAGGUGCGCGAUCGACCAUCCCCACCACACGCUCCCGCUGCUGUUCAGCCUGAAGAACUCCGACAAGGACGUGUGCGGCGAGGCGGGCGAGGCGGGCGAGGCGCGCGAGGCGCGCGAGGCGGGCGAGGCGGGCGAGGCGCGCGAGGCGGGCGAGGCGGGCGAGGCGCGCGCGCGGGCGGCCGGCGCGCUGGUGCGCCAGCUGGCGGGGCUGCGGCCGCUGGCGCGCGUCGUCGCGCAGACGGACGACCUCUGCGACGCUAUGAUUAGUUUCGCUUAUUGCGUACCGGUGUCUAAGGACUUAAAACCGCAAGCUGUUCCAAAAAUGGAAGCUAUCUCCAAACUGCGUGAUCUGAACGCUAUUCCUAUCCCCACCGAUACCAUUCCUAUUCGAAAAGACUGCGACUACUCGCGUUUGAAUUCAAUCAUAUCGUUUGAGAAUGUUUUCGAACUAGUUGGAGGAAUUAAUUACCCUAAAAAGAUUUCUUGUUUAAGUUCUGACGGCAAAAAGAGGAUUCUUCUAAUAAAGGGCAAGGACGAUUUACGACAAGAUGCAGUUAUGCAGCAAGUAUUUAACAUAGUUAACACGUUACUCGAAAAAAGUCCUGUCACAAAACGAAACAAACUUUUAAUACGGACAUAUAAGGUGGUGCCCAUGUCGAAACGAUCAGGAGUGUUGCAGUGGUGCGAGGGGACGAUACCUAUGGGAGCUUAUUUGGUCAACGCACAUAUAAAAUACCGCCCUCAAGAUAUAACACCAUCGGCUGCUCGCACGAAACUUAAGGAUUGUCAAGAACAAAGAAAGUCCAAUAAAUAUAAAUUGCAUGUUUUCAAAGAGAUAUUGAAGGAGUUCAAACCAGUUUUUCAUAACUUCUUUACUGAAUACUAUCUGGAUCCUGUUACUUGGUACGAACGCCGACUUGCAUACACUAGAAGUGUGGCUACAUCCUCUAUGGUUGGAUAUAUAAUGGGACUGGGUGAUAGACAUGUACAAAAUAUUUUAAUUGACACGACAACGGCUGAAUUAAUUCAUAUUGAUUUUGGCAUUGCAUUCGAUCAAGGUAGAACGUUGCCAACACCAGAAACUGUGCCAUUCCGUUUGACACAAGACAUAGUUGCCGGUUUUGGAUCAAGUGGCGUUGAGGGUAUUUUUAGAAGGUGUUGUGAAAAAACUCUACAAUUACUGCGAGAUAAUCAGGAAACGCUACUUACUAUAUUGGAGGUUUUGCUGUGUGAUCCUUUAUAUCUAUGGAUUAUUCCAUCAACUCCAGACGCCAAGUCAACCCCACCGAGCGGCGCGGGGCUGGCGGCGCGCGCGCUGCUGGCCGUGAGCUGCAAGCUGUGCGGCGCGGAGGGCGGCGCGGCGGGCGGCGCGCCGGGCGGCGUGUCGGUGGCGGGACACGUGGCGCGCCUGCUGCGCUGCGCCGCCGACCCCGCCAACCUGUGCCAGCUGUUCCACGGCUGGCAGCCCUAUCUGUAACCGCUGCCAUCUCUGUGUCCUCGUGAACAUAUUAUUAAUACUUUCAUUUUGUAUUGAAUAUUUUUAUCAUUAUUAUACUGUAACCAUUUUAUGUUUGACAUAUUUGAUUUUAUAAGUACUAGCCAUUCUCUUUAUUUUUAUAUUAUUACUAAACGGUAAAAAGUAGUUAAAAAUCUAUUUAUAUUUAAUUAAUAGUAAAUAUAAAGUUUAUUAUUAAAAGCAAACUGCAUGUUGGUGUGUAUUUUUGGUUAACCAUAAAAGCAUAUUUUUAGCAUGCUUCUCAUGAAAAAAUAACUUAGAUUGGAGUUAUUCCACGCGAUCGUUUUUAAAUUAUAAUUCAAAGUUGAAUGUGGAGUUUACACACGUUCACUUAGUACAUGAUAAAUGUAAAACCUUUGCCAAACUACACGUUACAUAAAUAUAUAUAUAUGUGCAGAUCAAUGCAUCUUUUUAAUAACAAUAAAAGAUUAAUAAAUGACAAAUAAAUCUUUCUUUGUUCC